AUGUUGGGGGUGGGGGUCUGGGCCGGGUGGAGGGGGAGGCGGAGAAAAGAGGGGGACGGAGGAGAGACACAGCCGGAUAGUGAGGACUUCAUGGUGGCCGGGAGGAGCUUUAACGGAGUUAUCGGUACACUCACUAUGACAGCAACGUUUGUUGGAGGAGCUUUUAUCAACGGAACAGCUGAGGCGGUGUACACGGCCGGGUCGGGGCUUCUCUGGGCACAGGCGCCGUUUGGACUGGCGCUUUCUCUUCUCAUAGGUGGCGUCUUCUUUGCCAAGAAGCUGCGAUCUGCCGGCUUCACGACCUUGUUCGACCCCUUCCAACAGAAGUUCGGCAGGUUCAUGUGCGUGCUGCUCUACAUCCCGUCUGUUUUGUCGGAAAUAUUCUACUCAAGUACGAUUCUCGCAGCUCUGGGGACAACGCUUAGCGUUAUUCUCGAGCUCGACUUGCGGAUCUCCAUCCUUAUCUCCACGGCCGUUGCCGUGCUGUACACGUUACUGGGAGGGCUGUACUCAGUCGCCUACACUGAUGUGCUUCAGUUGAUCCUCAUCUUCAUUGGUCUGUGGCUGUGUAUCCCGUUCGCCAUGACGCACCGUGCAGUGGCGAGCAUCACCGCGGACACGUCCUGGCUGGGGCGGUGGGACAGCCGACUGGCUGCCGUCUGGGUCGACCUGACGCUGAUGAUGGCCCUGGGUUCCCCCGCCAUCCAGCCGUAUGUGCAGCGGGUCCUGGCGGCGCGCAGUGCACGUGAGGCCCGGCUCUUCUCCGUCUUCGGCUGCUUCGGGUGCCUUCUCCUUGCCGCACCGCCUGUUCUCAUCGGCGCUAUUGGAGCGUCAACAGACUGGAACCAGACUGCCCUACGUGUUCCACCUUUAAACGAUACAGACAAAAUCGCACCCUUGGUCAUCCAGUAUCUCACACCCACAGCGGUAUCCGUGGUGGGGUUGGGAACGGUGUCUGCCGCGGUCAUGUCUUCUGUUGACUCCUCCAUUCUCGGAGCUGCAAGUGUGUUUGGGCGGAACAUCUACCAGGGUAUACUUAGACCCAAGGCUUCUGAAGUAGAAGUUGUGUGGUUAGUCCGUUUUUCCGUCGUCAUCAUCGGCGCAUGCGCGGCCCUGGUGGCUCUGACGUCACACACCAUCAUCGGGCUGUGGUACCUGUCAUCUGAGCUGGUUUACGUCAUCCUGCUGCCUCAGGUCGUCUGUGUGCUGUUUGUCAGGUUCUCCAACUCGUACGGUUCCCUGGCGGGGUUCGCAGUAGGACUGGUACUGAGGAUAGCAGCCGGAGAACCCCUGCUGAACAUGGCGCCGUUCGUCAGGUACCCCUACUACAGCGACGAGCUGGGACAACUCUUCCCCUUCAGAACUCUCGCCAUGCUGGCGUCUCUCGUCUCCAUGGUGAUCAUUUCUGGGAUGUUCCAUGUAGGAUUUCAGCGGGGGGUUCUGCCGAGCAAGCUUGAUGUUUUUCAUUGUUACCGGAAUGAGUGUGACCUCAGUGCGAGUACCAGGGAUGCUGAUAUGACUCUGUUCAGCCUGAAUUAUAACAGAUCUUGUGAGCUGGAUUUAACUUCCAAUGAAACGACCGGCACGGAAAACGUAUCAAAUGUCCCAGAUUAGCUGCAAUGGACUGACCCCAUAACCCCGCCCAUCGCAUGGGAUGUAAGGAUAAUCUCCAAACAGAUUCUCCAUGUGGGGCGGCCAACGGAUACAAGCGUCCAAUAUAGAGCUCCCCUUGCCCCACAGAAUCUGCUUGGAGGUGUAAGGAUAUGUCUCUAUUAUGCUGCUGUUUUGAUUAUUUUUUGCGGUUAGGCAUUUCAUUUUGUGGUUUGCAUUUAUACAACAUGUCAACAAGAACAAGAGCUAUAUAUUCUGCAAACCAAAAUUUAUGACCAUAUAUAGCAUGUCCAGAACAUGAUAUUUGAUUUCAAAACUGGAACUUCUGAAGUCCAAAGUUUCACCUACUGAGUAAUUGAUUAAAGGAUAUGU